CGUUCCACCCUUCCGGCCCGGCGUUCCUUCAGCUGCUUGCACCUUCCGCCUAGCGCCGGCUUUCCGCGCUGCGGUCGUCAAGUUCUAUUUUCCCGUGGCCUCUGCGGCUCCCGAGCCCGCAAUGUCGGGCCCCAACGGGGACUUAGGCAUGCCGGUGGAUGCGGGCGCGGAAGGCGAAAAUGACAGCUUCGGGGAAGCAGAGUAUGCUGCCAUCAACUCCAUGUUGGAUCAGAUCAACUCUUGUCUGGACCACCUGGAGGAGAAGAAUGACCAUCUCCAUGCCCGCCUCCAGGAGUUGCUGGAGUCCAACCGACAGACACGCCUGGAAUUCCAGCAACAGCUUGGGGAGGCCCCCAGUGAUGCCAGUCCCUAGGUGCCAGGAGCCCCCAACCAGGCCCUACGCUUGCCUCUUGGCCAUGUUCUGGCUUGGGUAGAUGCUACCUGGCUUAGAUACCAUCUCAGGUACUGGCCUUCAGAUCCCCCAGUGGGUCUACCAAACUGAAUCAGGCCCUACUGCCCAUUACCCCUUCUGGAGCCAUGUGUGUUCCUACAACUCAUUCACUUAUCUGCCUGCCCAGUUCUGGUCUCUUUUCCCUUCACCCGGGAUUGAGUGUCAAUAUUAAAGAGGUCUCCCACA